AUGCACAACGACCUCAGUCCGGACCUCGUUUAUUACUUUUCCCGUGUCUUUCAGGUGUGGUUCCAGAACAGACGUGCAAAGUACCGUAAACAAGAGAAACAAUUGCAAAAGGCGAUCGCUCCGCCCGUACUCCCGUCCCAUUGCACCAGCCCCGUGUUACGUAACAUGUACAGCACGCCGACGAUUCCUCAGCGAUGUUACCAGCCGUACUCGAUUCCGCACGCCAGCAUGCCGAUGGCCAUGUGCUCCCGGCCAUCGCCCUACCAGCCGACCGCCCCGCCAAAUUACGCACCGCCGACGUCGCACUUCAACAUGGCACCCUCAAUGUCCAACCUGGCAAAUCCAUGUGAUCCGGACGACUGGUACAGCAAAAGCCUGAGCGCCCUGCGAAUGAACCCCAGCCACGGUUUCAGCGGUCCGCUGCUCCACUAUCAAACAUGA